UCUCAUUCCUAUUGAACCACGCGGUGGUGCUUCUCUAAUUUAAAAGUCAACACAAUAACAUUUGCCAACCAUCCAACUCAUCAUUCUCACAUCUUGCACUUAAUUCUUCAAAUUCAUCUAUAUUUGAUACUGUUUUCGAAUAAAGCAAAGAAAAGCUGAAAGGACACUUUUGGAUGUUCAUAUUUUCAUAUAUCCGGAUUCCGGAUGCUACUUUCGUGGAAAUACGAAAUAUGAUUGCCUAAUAAAAAUCGCAACUUUUCAAGUGGACUACCCCGUUAUCCUACAACAACGUAUAUCGAACAACAUGUCCUGGUUCACAGAUAUCGCUGGAAAGGCUGAAGAUUUUUUAAACAAGAUAGAUCAAAAUGCAGCUGAGGCAAUAAAUAAGGCUGCCGAAAUAGCUGAAACUCGAAGCACGAAAACGUCUCGUAGGUCUUCACCUAGAAAUAGUCAUGCGACAUUGGACAGUGAAGUUUAUUCUCCGCUAGAUGAUUUUCCUAAAUCCGAAAAUUUAAGCAAUCUAAAUUUUCCUCCAAGCAACGAAUCCGUAUCCGGAACAAAUGGAGGAUUACUUACCCCUCGUGCAAAUGGGGGUGGCAGUGUUAUCACUGUACAGGAAAAGUCUUUCGUAAGUUCCGGAUCACCUCUGGUACCCAAAGGAAAAGAGAUCAAGGCAAAAUCCAACAGCAGAAGUCGAGGAAGAGAUGGGAAAGGGGGAAGUAGUUCACCAAGGUCUGGCGCAAACAUUGCUGUCGAUAAAAAUCCUAGCAGCAAGCCAGAGGAAAAUCGAGUUUCAGUUGUAGAGACGCAAAAAAACAGUAAGAAGAAUGAUGAUGCAGAAUUAAUUGACUUUUUAAAUGAUCCAAAGCGCAAAGAGCUAGAUGAAAAUUUGGUCCUUCAGACUGAGCUAGCAAAUCAAGCACGAGAAGUUGAACUGUUGUACAAAACGAAUAAGCAGUUGCAGUCUGACAACGAAACAUUUAAAUCCAAGUUAGCGCAGUAUGAAGAUAGUAAAUCAAAGGAAACCAUGUUAGAAGAAUUCGAGUCGCAGUUACGGCAAUCGGACCGAGUUCAAAAAAACCUUAAAAAAAUGCUGCUCGAUAAGGACGAGGAAAUAGUCAAAUUAAAAAAGAGUCUUGACCAGUCCCUUGAGAAACUACAACAACUCGAGGUCCUUCAAACCACACAAAAUCGUUUAGAAAUGGUGGAGAUGGAAAAACAAAAAUUAUUGCAGUCCAAUGAAGAGUUAAGGGAAGAAAUUACAGGGUUAAACGAAAGGACGCCCAUCUUAAAUGGUCAAUUGGCUUCGAUGAAGACGACUUUAGCACAAGUGGAGUCCGAAUUUACCAAUUACAAAGAGAAAGCCAAGUCGAUUUUAAAACAGAAGGAUGACCUAAUCACGUCGUUGCAAGAAGAAUCUGCUGGCUCUAGCUCAGCAUUUACAAAUCACAGCAAGGAAAACAAAGAAGAGAGUCCAUAUUUGUCUGAAAUCAAUGCUCUAAAGAGCGAACGGGAGCUGUUGAACGCUGAAAUUUCCCAAUGCCGUUCAAGCUCUGACUCAAUUCGAGAAGACACACAAAGAUUGGAAUCGGAACUCCUUUCACUGAGAUCACUAAUGGUUCAGCUACAAAAACAAUUGUAUGAUGAGAAGUCAAUGAGCAGUACACUUCAAGAUGAAAAUCUCCUUUUAAGACAACAGCUCUCUGGAGCAUGUUACGAGUUGGACUUGGAGAAAAGUGAGAGACGAAAGUUAGAAGAAUGGAAAGCGCAACAAGCAGAGGAAUGCCAAAGUUUUAACAAUGGGAGAAAUUCCCCAAACAUGGCAUCAGACACCGCCAGAAAGUACAACAAUAACUUUGGAGGGGAUAACGAAGAGACUUUAAGAAUGAGAAUUACUGCCUUGACACAAUCCCUAUUAGAAAAACAAGGUCUAAUCAAUAGCCUAAGUUCUGAUAAACAACUCUUACAAAUAAAUGUGGAAAGACUGCAAGAUCAACUACAUCAAGUCGGAAAUGAGUAUGCCUCUUCUAACAAUGCUGGAUUUUCACAAACAGUGAUAUCAAGCAAACCAUUAUACUUGAGUGAGUCGCCGUGGGAUUCAGGAAUGUCAACUAGUGUCAAACGUGCCUUUUCUACCGUCGACAGUCUAUUUUGCCAAGCCGGCAUUGCCCUAAGGCGAAGACCAAAUUUAAGACUGGGUUUCUGCGUCUAUAUUUUGCUCCUUCAUUUUUGGGUCCUUUUCAUACUCUUCCAUACGUUCAACCACGUUUCCCAAGUUGAUGAUGGACCUUCAAAUGGUCCUGCCCCUUCUCCAAUAUAAUAAUGUGAUGUGAUAGAAUUAUAUAAGCAACAAGUCAUUUUAUGCAUUUCGUAAUAACGAAAGCAAAAAACCGUGUAGCAUGCGAGAAAAAUGGUAACUUUUAAAUUUGUAUACUUGCCGAAUCGUCGAGUGUUUUAUUAUGAUCGCAAAUUUUGAUGAAACAGAAUAAAUUUAAAAUGUCGUUACAACGUAAA